CCUCACUACUCUGCUCUUCCUUCCCAAAUAUGUCUUGAAAAACUUGAGUGACUAAACAUCCAUGGAGUACGACCUUGAAAAUCCACUAACAAUUUCCCAUGAAAUCCACUCUGACUCGGUCACUUCUCUGUUCUCCAUCGAAUCCGAUCACAUUCCAUCCGAGAAUUACUUCCAAACUCUUCAAGCUGGAGACUGUGACAUCUCUAUUAGAAGAGAAGCCAUUGCUUCAAUCUCACAGCUCUGUUGUAACUCUGAUAACUUCUUAUCCUACCUUGCUGUCAAUUAUCUUGAUCGGUUCUUGUCCUUCCAAGGAAAGCUGCAACCAAAGCCUUGGAUCACAAAGCUCCUUGCAGUCUCCUGCGUUUCUCUAGCAGCCAAGAUGAAGAAAACUGACUUUUCUGUCCUCGAUUUUCAGGGAGAUGGGGGUAUCAUUUUCGAUACUCGAACUAUAGAGAGAAUGGAGUUUCUGAUUUUGGGAGCUCUAAAAUGGAGAAUGCGGUCCAUAACUCCCUUCUCUUUCAUUCUUUUCUUCAUUUCUUUGUUCAAACUUGACGAUCCUCCAUUGAGGCUAGCUCUCAAAGACAGAGCCACCCAGAUCAUCCUCAAAGCUCAAAAUGAUGUGAAGCUUUUGGUGUUCAAGCCAUCAAUAAUUGCAGCCUCUGCUCUCCUCUCCGCUUCUCAUGAGUUAUUCCCCAUGCAAUGCCCCUGCUUCAAAAAAGCACUGUCCAACUGUUCAUAUGUAAAUAAGGUAAAUUUACUGCAAUGCUACUAUUGUAUGCAGGACAGAGUGGUAGAUGAGUAUGAUUCAGUAUUGGAGAUGGUGUCUAGCUCAGUGACACCGGCCAAUGUGUUGGAUCAUACUUUUUCAAGCUCUGCAGACACUGGAACAACCACAGUGACUAGCAUUACCACUUUAAAAUUGGAGAGGGACAUCAAGAGGAGGAAAGUUAGUGACUGUUGUAACAAGCAUCACCACAGGGUUGUCCAAAUAAAUUUCUCAUCAGAUCCAGCAAAGCUGAGGCCUAGUUAGAGCUAAUGACAGAGCUCAACAAUUAAUGGUCUCUCCUUCUGUUUAUGAGAGUGACACUAGCUAAUAAGCUCUGCUCCAAUGACAGGAAAUGGAGGAGAAGAAAAAAAUAGAAAAACAAGUAAUGGGAAAGAAAACAAGAGGGGAGCGAAGAAGUUUCGCUAAACAGAAAAAUUACAGAAGCUUGUCCUUGCUCAACUGUUGCAACCCGCAACCUUGAUCCUACACAAGUUUAAAGUUAAAAGUCCAGACACCCCUAAUAAAGAGAAUGCAUCUACAACAAUAUUGGCUCUCUUCGGACAUGCUUGGAUGAAACCAAAACCUGCCAGUGCUGCUUUCAUUUUCUCUAGUGGUGAGCAGAUCGAAGAGAUGAAAAGAAAUGGUGGGUUUUUCCCGUUUCUCUUGUUUUCUUCCAAUUAUUAUUAGUUGAAGCUAUUUGCCUUUUGUAUUUUCUUUAGGUACCAAACAAAGACGAGACAUAAUAAAAACUAGCUUUGAAUUGAUA